AUGUUGUACACAUACGACUCUCAGUACACCGAUGGUGAUUUCAUAUGGCAGCCAAACAACACAGAGACAAUAAACUUGGAAACCCAUAAUUCUGCAGGCAGACUAUUACCAACUUCCUUCUCGGAGAAGGUGUUCUCCGAGGCACAGUCAGAAGUGAAAUCAGAACCGUUGGAUUUUCUGACUUCUUCAGACCUUUUUAACCCCAAUGCGGCAAUCCCACACGAGCACGACUUGGAUAUCGAUCUUUCGCUCGACUGGAGGGCACCGGAUCUAUCCAGCAAUCAAUUCUCAAAUCUCAAUAUCAUAGAUAAUACCGUCGUCCCUUUGCAGAAUAUCAAUCAGCCACUUGUACCAUUCGGUCAACAAUUACUAGUGCACAGUUUCUCGGAUUCUUAUUUUGAACCAUACCCAGAACACACCAUUCAAGAUAAUCCUUUAUCUGCAUAUCCUCCCCUUGACUUUGACUAUGGCACCAACUCUCUUUCGUAUGGCCCCCAGGUUAUUCAGCAAUUCGGACAACCCUACAAUAACAAUGUCAAUUUUGGCUUCAAUCAACAUGAGAACCCAACGAGCCCGGAGGGAAGAAACCAAUCCUCCCUUGGUACUCAAAAGCAUCUGUUUACCUACACGCCAAAGGGACAGUGGCUGCGUGACCGUUGCUUUACUAAAGAGCAAUUACGAGAAUACGCAGACAACUGUGGAAAGGACACCGUCUUUUGGGUCCAGCAAGCUCCUACGCAGUGCAAUCAUCGACUGGAGCCCGAGGACAGGAUGUGUCGCUGGGCAAAUUGCCCCGUCGCUAAUAGAACCAUUACAGCCGGAUGGCUCCGCGUAGCCUUUGACGAGUUCCCUCACCUCACGUCCAGCGGGGCCCGAGAUCCGUUGAAGUGCGCCGGCUCGCUCCAUUUAUGGUGUUUUGAACAGAUUUUCGACCCUACGGAAUUCCAUCUAUGUGGCCGUCUGCGCCCUGAAGACAGACAGUUUCCUUUCGAGGAUAAGAGCGUGGUGACGCUGGAAAAGCUGACCGAUGCGGGCAUCAUAAGGGAGGCUUAUCAGCCUUGGUUCGAACAGAAUAUGUUUAGCCUCAACCAGCAGCCACGAGAAUAUCGCGACUCAUUGUCCUAUCGACUGACCAAGUAUCAUAUAGAAAACCAGACGGCGGCCCGGCAAAAGGCGCGAUCGAAACGAAACGACACCAAGUCUGUGGGUGAGCGCCGGACCAUCGAUGUCCACUUGGGCAAUCUGAAAAUGUUUGUUGAAAUCACGAAUAGAGUCAGAAUGUUAAAGAAGAUGAGAAGGUUGCGAAGGUUGCGAAGGGCCAACGCCGAAGGAACUGAUUCCUUGAGCGAUUCUUUUUCACAGCCUUUGGCACUCACUAACAUACGGGCGACGAGAAAAACAACACGAAGGAUCAUGACAGACCGGCAUCCAGAGCCAACCCGAGGAUUUUCACUCUCGCGUGAAUCGCACCAAUCAAGAGGGAGCUCUUUAGCUAAUAGAAACAUGCAAGAGACUUUAGAUCACGAAAUCAAACCGUCCUACAGAAGACAAAGGCAGUCGAAUCUAGCACAGUUUCCUUCGGUUAGCAGUCAGAAUAGGGAUUCGAAUACAUAUCAGGUCAACCCCACACUCAACUCAAGCAUGAGCAGCAGGCAGCCGAGCUACUUUGAUCCCUUGAAUCCAGCUCAUCAUUCAGGGCAGUCAACUGCUCGCCCCUCCGCCACCACAGCAAGCACACUCUCCAACUGCAUUCAAAGCAGUCACUUGGGAAUCUCUUGUCAAAACGACGCUCAGAAUGUCACAGGAGCAAGGUUCAACAGGGCAACCCGGGGAAAGCCUCGGCCGGUCCUUCGGCCGAUCAUUACGCAGCCCCUACAGCAAUACCCAUAUUCUGUGAACCCCUCAACAAGUCUUGACGCUUUCGCUCAUACAACAGGGGAGAUAUUGCAGUUGCCUGGAGCCAGCCGCAAUACGUGCUUCUUUGACUCACGACGACUGGGUAGCCCGACCCACGAGGUUCCUGACUUUGGUCUUCACAUUGACCCUAGGAUAUCCGAGGUUGAGCUGGAGGUUGGCCAACACCAGGAGGAAGCUGUUAGCGAGGCGAAUGAUGCAUUUCCGGCCCACACACUAACGUUUCCUGUUGCAUCUCAGCCUCCGGGAAUCAUGGACGGUGCCGUGAGCCCGCGGGUUACAGCUACAUCACCAUAUUGGGAUAGUCUCGUGGAUUUUGGUGGCUUUGGUGGUGCUUUUCCUACUCCUCUGCUCACAGACUUUUCAGCCACCAAUGGGGUUGAUGGUGAUAGAGUCGCAACUCUUACUGGAGCCAGCAUUCAACAUGUAAGCAGUCCUGAAGUGGCCCGCAUAAAGCGGGAGACUCUCAGCCCCAUCGAGGCGACACAAAGCGGGCGAGCAGCAAAAGACGGCGCACGGAUACCUCAUAAUUGUAGAGAAAACGUGAGGCCGUUAGCGGUUGUGAAGGCAGCCGGGCAAGAUGUGACGAGCGUCGUUUUGGCUUGGCGUGAGCCGCAAGAUGCUCGGAAUAUUCCCAGGUGUUACCGACACAGGCCUGUGAGCUGA